AUGGAUAUUUCCGAAGAUCUAACAAGGGAUUACCCUCCAAGACUUUACCCUGAAGGGAAAUCUAUUCUUGAAAACAAACUCAUUAAUACAAAUAGCCGUUUUGGGGAUAUCCAUAAACUUAGAGAAGGAAUUGGAAGCGAUGUGUGGGAUAAUCUAAAGACGUAUCGUGUUGGUUUGAUUGCUAGACUGUUUGAGAGCAAAAUGGUGUGGUUAAGCUUAAUUGAAUUUGGUGAGUUCACGGGUUUAAACACAAAUCCACUGCCAGAAGAAAGUUUUGAACCUGAUCCAGAGAAUUACAAAGCGUUGUGGGAGUUGUUGAACGUGCCGCUUGGGUACGGACCCAAGUUAGAUGAACUUACAAAGGCUUUAACGUCGUGUCGAAUGUGGAGUGCUGAUCAGCGGAAAUGUUGUUGCAACCACAAGGAGGGUCGUACACCUCUUAGCGGCUUCAAGGACGUGUUAAUGGUUUGGGCGUACGAAUCUGUCACAGUGUUCAGAGAGCUUUAUGGCAGAUUAGAGAGUCCAGGCGAAAUUCCGCUUUUGCGAUGGGGUGGAAGUCGUACGCGUGCUGCUAUUGCUACUACAAUAGCUAAGGAGAUUAGUGUUCAUGGAACGGUGCGUGUGAGGAAAAUGGUGAUGAAGGAGGGUCUAGAAGAGCUGUUUCCUCAGUGGGUAGAUGAAGCAGAUGACCCACAACUUGAUAACCUAAUUAAAGAUAUACAUGAAGAUAGGUUUGUUAGAGAUUUCUAUGUGCAAUCGAAUGAGAACAACAAACAAACGAAGGCUGUAGUUUCGUCAGAGGCUGAGCCACCCUCAAAGAAGCAGAAGAAAGAGAAGAAACAGAAGGAGGUGAAAAUCAAUGAGGUUGAAACUGUUGUUGUAGAGGUGAAGGAGAGUGCAGAGGAGAAGGAUCGUCGCGAAGCGGUUCUGCUGAACCUAGUUGCUCAAAUCGCGAGUAUGGACCAAAAAUUUGACUCGAGAUUAACAGAAUAUGACACCAAAUUAGGAGAUUUUUCCCGAGGUAUUUUGGAUACCAUUGGAGAUACAGUGAAGUCAACAGUUGAAGACCGUCUCAGAGUUUUGGGGGUUGUAGAAAGUGCCCAAAACGUGACGGUCUCAGAAGAAAACCGACAGCCAGAGCCCAGUAGUGGUCAAACUGCAUCCCCUGUGAAGGUCAACCAAUCGCAAAAGACCCCUGAUAAAGGCUAUUCUGACAAGAAUCUGGCAGAUUAUAUUGCUAAAGCUGAUGCGAAAGGUAUGAGAGCAAAGCUGAAUUCGAAGCUUGUCAGGGAUGAGGCUGGUGGGGUGAAAAAGCACUUGAAUUAUGCGUUUGGUAAUGCCGAUGCAACAAAGGCUGAUUUGGUCUCUGGUUCUCCUGGUAAAGAACCACCAUUUGGACGCGGUUGUAGGGGUAAAAGAAAAAACUUAGCGGCUGAUUCGGAGAGUGAUGAAGCUGAGUUAAGGAAGAAGCAGAAGCAAGAAGAAGCUGAGUUGAGGAGGAAGAAGAAGCAAGAAGAAGUUGAGGAGAGGAAGAAUAAGCGAGAAGAGGCUGAGUUACAGAAGAAGCUGAAGAAAGAAGAGGCUGAGUUACAGAAGAAACUGAAGAAAGAAGAGGUUGAGUUAAAGAAGAAGAAGAAGCAAGAAGAGUCUGACUUAAAUAAGGAUAUUUCUGGUUCAAAAGGAUCUCGCAGUGGUACAAUAAGAAUAACCAUUCCGACUAGGCAAAGUGAGGCGAAAACAGACGAACUGUUGCCGGAAUCUGAUGUGGAGGAAGAUGAGAGGAAAAGGUGUGGAAGAAUAAAGGAGUAUCGGCUGAAAGCUGUUCAAUUAUCUCCAGAUGGGUCUCAAAGGAGUGCGGAAUUUGGUCCUCCUGUACCAUUUCCCCACAUCGGAGACAAUGUAACGACGUGCAUGAGAAAGGGUAUUUCACCUUCACCUGCAAUAUAUGAUCCCCUAGGACCUGUUGAUCCGGUUAAAAGGGAGAAUCUUUUGCAACACCUAAAGCCACACGAAGAAAUUCGACAUGGAGGAGCUGACGAGGAAAUUGAGUUCUACAGAAUCCUCAUCACUCCAAGACCUUGGCCAAAGGAUAAAUAUGGAUGGCUGGAUCAAUGUCAUAUUGCUGCGUAUAUUAGAAUCCUCAUUCAAAGGUCCAAACAAGAUCCCAGCCCAUUCUGGUCCAAUCGCAUUGCCUUUGUAGACUCUUGGUUCCUUGGAUUAUGGGUUCACGAUUAUACAUCGUCUGAAGGCAAAAUGGAAUGGUCGCCGUCGAAAUUCAGAGGAACUGGUUACAAGAAGUUAGUAAACGGUUUGAUCCCCAGCGACAUUCAGACGAAGUUGCAGUGGUUUACAGAUGUAGAUCACUUGUACGGAGUGCUUAAUACUGGCGGCGAUCAUUGGGUGGGGUUUCACGUGGAUCUGCAUAAACAGAAGAUUGAUUGCUAUGAUUCAGUCGUUGGACAGAACGAAUUGAGAGGCGAAUGUGGAGUGUAUGCAUUGAAGCUCGUCGAGUGUCUAGCGCUUGGUGUAGCUUUCGAUGGGAUAUCGGAUGAAAAUAUUCAAGGUCUGAGAAUGAAGAUGGCAGCAGAUGUAUUCGAUGAAGGAACCAAUAUUUUGGCUGGGGCGUUUGGCGAUGAUUGA